UUACACAAAAACUUAUUAGUUUAAUAAGAAAUUUCAAACGGAUUGAACGUUCAAAUAAUACAAUCAACAAAAAUAGGAUUAAAAUGCUACUCAAGCUUAAAGUAUUAAUUUUUAUUAUUUGGUCAUAUACAUUCUUUGAAUAUACAAAUGCCAUAGAUAUUUCAGACGCUACAUCUCUGUUUAGUAAAAACAUAUUGAAAUGCUAUCAAUGUAGCACUUUAGAGGAUGACGACUGUAAAAAUAGCACAUUGGUAUUGAAGAAUAUAUCUUUUAUUAAAGAAUGUAAACCGGACGCCACUGGUUGUGUAAAACAAUUUGUGAAAAAAUCUAAUGGACGUAAUGCCACAUUUUAUGAGUGUUAUUAUGAUGAUAUAAGUUCCUUAUACACGGAUUUUGGUUGUGAUGGCAUCGCCAGAACUCGUCAAUACGAUGAGGCCCAGUGUUAUAAAUGCAAAGGAAACUUGUGCAACAAUAGUAAUCGUUUAACACUUUCAAUACAUGGUGUCAUGUUCUUUACAUUUUUGGUAUUCGUUAUAGUCACUUUUCUAUCGAGAGUGUAAUUUAGUUUUAUGUUAAAAAUUUCGAAUGUAGUAUUUAAAAUAUGUAUGUAUGUUUAAGAUAUAUUUAAAUAUAAAUUAUUUUUUCUAUCAA